AUGCAAGCUGCAGGAAUAAUUUCCAUGAAGAUUCGCCAAAGCCCCUUUUGUGGGGCUUUGGCUCCUCCUUCUUGUCUUAAGGCUGAGGGGACGCACGCAGCGGACUCCCGUCCUCAAAGGACGACGGGCAUCGAAAAGAGGGACGAUGUGGGGUCCCGGGACUACCACAAGAGGCCUCAGAUUGUGGAUAUAGGGAAUAGGAGCACAGUGAUAGAGUUUAUCCUCGUGGGCUUUGAGCAGAGCUCCCCUUCCACUCGGGCAUUGCUCUUUGUCCUCUUCCUAGCCCUCUACAGCCUUGCCAUGGCCAUGAAUGGCCUCAUCAUCUUCAUCACCUGGAGAGAUCCCAGGCUUAACAGCCCCACGCAGUUCCUUGGCCACCUGUCCUUCCUGAAUAUCUACUUCGUUCCUACCACCAUUCCACCUGGUGGAAUGCUGAUGCUGAUCCACCUGGUGGUCAAGAACUGUGUUCUCUCCUUUGCCUCGUGCUUGACCCACAUGUAUCUGGUUUUUGGUGUGGGUGUGGCUGAGUGCAUCCUCUUGGCUUUCAUGGUCUAUGACCGUUAUGUUGCUAUCUGCCACCCACUUAGCUAUGCCCAGACCAUGAGCCAGCAGGUCUGUGUGAGGCUGGUGAGUACUGCCUGGUUCUUUGGGCUGGUGAACGGCAUCUUUCUUGAGUAUAUGGCAUUCCAGAAUCCCUUCUGCAGAGAAAACCACAUAGAAAACUUCUUCUGCAAGGCCCCCAUAGUGAUUGCUCUCUGUGGAGACCCCCAGUUUAGUCUGAGAGUCAUCUUUGCCGAUGCCAUCGUGGUGCUGCUCAGCCCCAUGGUACUCAUUGUCAUCUCUUAUGCCCACAUCCUGGCCUCCAUCCUGGGCAGAGCCUCCUCCUCUGGUCUGGGGAAGACCUUCUCUACUUGUGCCUCCCAUCUGACUGUGGUCAUCUUUUUCUACACCUCGGCCAUGUUCUCUUACAUGAACCCACGCAGCACACAUGGUCCUGACAAAGACAAGCCUUUCUCUCUCCUCUACACCAUCAUCACCCCCAUAUGCAACCCCAUCAUCUUCAGUUUUUGAAAUAAAGAAAUGAAAGGGGCCAUGGUGAGGGCCCUUGGGAGGAGCAGCUUUUCCCAGGCAGAGUCUAUAGCCUAUAGUCUAUAUAGGAUCUAUAAGCACACUUAA